AAUGGCCUAUGCUCGUCCAUGCGCAUAUACUGCUAGGCCUGUCAGUCUACCCCGGUUCUGCAGACGUUUCAUGGCCCCGUUCCAUUCUUGCUAUCGUCGUCCUUCCAGCCGUUCAUCUAUCCCAGCCCUAUCUUCUUAUGGACUUCUACUUUCAAUAGCACGCACCACUGCCAUCCGUCAGUACGGCUCCAUAGCAUGGGAAAGCACUUACUCGUAAGAGAAGCAGCGCCACCAUGCCUUGCGUCAAAUCCUAUAGCUCGUCUCGUCCUCUGAUUAGCACUUUCCUCUCAAGUAUAAAAACCACCGUGUCACCAAGCCUUCUAUCAUCUUAAACUCUUUUCUCACUCAAAGAUGCUUUCAGCCUUUUUCAUGCUCUCUUCGCUAAUAGUUUCCGGGAUUUCAGGCGCCAUCGACAUCCCUCGUAGGCCCGUAUCCCUUCCCAUUGCGAGGAAAUUCAACUUCAAUGGCACAAGCUCUAUUGUAGAACGAGAUCGGGCUCGAGCGGCUACCCUUCGAUCUCGUGCGAAUGGAGUCAGCCGGGAUUUGGCUGGACGCGCUAUCAUCAAUGAGGAUGUGGAUAAUGCUGCAGUUAUCUAUACAGCUUCUAUCGGUGUUGGUAGCCCUCCAACAUUCUACAACUUGAUUGUCGACACCGGCAGUUCGAAUACUUGGGUCGGUGCAGAUAAAAUGUACGUGCGUACGCGCACCAGCAAAGAUACCUUUGAUGUAGUGUCCGUUUCCUAUGGCUCCGGAUCAUUCAUUGGGUGGGAAUGCAUAGACCAAGUUACUAUCACGCCAAACUUGACCAUUAAGUCGCAGUCAAUCGGCGCGGCUUUCUUGUCUUCCGGCUUUAACGGCACCGAUGGUAUCCUCGGAAUUGGUCCCAUCGAUCUCACUCUUGGAACCCUGUAUUUCGAUAACGACGCACUCAUACCCACUGUCACCGAUAAUCUCUAUAACCAAAGAUUAAUUAUGGACAAUGCAAUUGGUGUGUACUUUGCACCUACGACUGAUGAUGAGGUCACCAAUGGAGAGCUUUCUUGGGGAGGUCCGGACAACUCCAAAAUAAGGGGGGAAAUUAGCUAUGCCCCACUUACGAACACCUCCCCGGCAAGUAAAUACUGGGGUAUCGACGAAUCUAUCACCUAUGGAGCCGAAGUGCCCAUCCUAUCUUCUACCGCUGGUGUUGUAGAUACUGGGACGACCUUCAUUUAUAUCGCUUCCGAUGCAUUCAAAAGGUACCAGUCGGCCACUGGUGCAACCGUGGACAAUACCACGGGUCUUCUCUGCAUCACUUCGUCUCAAUACUCCAACCUUUCAAGUCUUUACUUCAACAUUAACGGUAAAUCAUAUGAGCUCACGCCCAAUGCUCAAAUCUGGCCUCGUUCACUGAAUACGGCCAUCGGAGGCAGUCCCAACGACACAUAUCUCAUCGUUAACGAUAUUGGCCACAAUUCUGGACAAGGUCUCGAUUUCAUCAACGGCUAUACGUUCUUGGAACGUUACUACACAAUUUAUGAUACCGCAAACUCGAGGAUCGGGUUUGCUGCAACGUCGACAACUAAUGCUACUACGAAUUAGUUGUCAGAGAGUGUUGAGUCAAGAUCUCUUAGCAGCGCAUGUUUUUAGGAAUCUUACAUACAAUCCCAAUUUUUUAUCAGUUUUUCGGUGGCAGGCUUGAUACAAUGUGUGCUGCUUUCCACAAUUAAUCGUAGAACUGGGAACCAG